UUACCUCACCUCAAAAACAUCAUUUUUGUUAACAGGGUGUAUGACACCCAGGAAUCUAUCUCUCUUUCUCUCCAACAUAUCCAUAUCCCUUUCUUUUUCUUCUUAGCUCCUUCUUACAACCUUAUUCAUAUAAGAUAAUAAUCUUUUGUAAGAAAAGUGUCCACUCCUUAACCCUUACGAACACCAAAUUAAAGACAACGCAACGCCACCGCCUUUAUAUAUGCCUACUACUACAGCCGCCGCCUCCACGGUUGAUGAUGAUGAUAUCCGUUCCGCCGACAUAGACGAUGAAGUCGGUGGGAAUUUUGAUGGGCUAACGUCUUGUACGGAGAGUAGUGUCGGUUACGAGAGCUCGAGCUCGGUGGAAUUGGAUGAGAUCGUGGAUGAUAAUGAUAUUAAGGAUUCAUUAUCGUAUUCAUGGAGAUUUGGAAGAACGGAGGCGGAGAGAUCGAGGAGAAAAUCUAAGAAAUUUCCACCGCCAUUAUCCUCCCUCACCCAAGAUGGUAAGCCCAUAUUUUUUCUCCGGCCGGUGAGGAAAGACGGGCGGUUAAAGCUCCGACAGGUGAAAGCUAAUUGGCCGGAGACUCUCCUCGCUUCCAGGAAAGAUGGGCGGUUGAGAAUGCAUCUCAUCUAUAGCGAUGAUAAUGAUGAUGAUCAAGGCAGCCCAGAAAUUUGUGAUGAGCAAGAAGACGAAGCCCAAGAUGCGAUUACAGAAGAAGAAGAGGAGGAGGAAGAGGGGUUAUGGAAUUAAUAUAGAAGAUGUUAUGGCCGUACUUCUCACCACCAGAUAAUGAAGGCGGCGGAGGAAGAGCUGAGUUUAAAAUAUGUUUUUGAUGUUGAGUGUGGGGUUUUGAGGUUGAGAAUUUAAUCUUUUGAGGAAGAAGAAUAUGUUUUUGAUCAAUGUUUUUGAUCAUUAUAUUUUGGGCUUGAUUUUUCAUAUGGAAAGUAAUAAGAAUAUGUUUUUGAUUAUUUUGGGCUUGAUUUAUAAUUUUCACAUGGAAAGUAUGUAUUGAAGGGAGAAAGUUUUCAUCAAUAUCCAAUUCUGGCUUAGCCAAGUUAAAAUCA